AUGAACUUUAUCGCAAUAUUUAUCCCCUUAUUUCUUCUUGUUCGAGCAGAAAUAACUCCAUGUACUCUCGAUCUUUUGAAACCUGAUGACAUUGUGGCUCUUACCUCAGACCUUGAGAACGGACCCCUUAAGCUCAAGUUAAUUGUGGCGAUAUCUGGAUAUCCCAUUACCAAAAUUGCCAUUGGAAAUAUACUCCUGUGGGAGGGAAGGUCAUUUAUAAAACACUGUGAUACUGUGACUUUGUAUUACAAAGGACAAAAAAUAUUCCUUACAAACAUUUCAGUCAGGGGUCUUAAUGGCGUCCAUAAUGAGUAUUUUGAAAUUAUGAGCGGUAAUUCUUACAGAAGAAUCAGCCAGAUGGGAUACAAUGACAAGGUUUCCGAGACGAUUGGUGAUAAUAUGGAGGCGAUAGAUCUGGACAUUUCCACCAUUGAGGAACAGAGUAAAUUCAGCAUUGAUACUGUGGAUGAAGAUGGCCAAGUCUCGAGAGUUUUUAGUCCAGAAUUUGGAUUUACAUGCACCGAAGUUAAGGAUGGAGAGGAGACUCUAUGGAUCGCUGAGGAUGAAGAAACAGCACCAAUUGUCGUUGUUUAUGGAGAUGGAUGUUGCAUUUUCGUUCGAAUAUUCGUUUCACAUCCAGUGAACAACGCAAAGAACAUCCUCCUGAAGAACGAAGGCGGGACUUGGAUAUCGAUUGAAACGGACAAUUGUCAGUGCAAUUCACAAGGAUGUAUUUCGUGCAAAAAGUAUGAGAACCUGAGAUGUAUAGCACAAACAGAAUCGAACUCAAAGGUGUAA